UAUAGUUUUAUAGAGUCGGAAAUUACUCCUUUAUUCCUUGGAAUAACCCAACAAUUCCACUUUAAAAACACUUUUAAGCUCCUUGUUUGAGCCCACACCCAAACUCCAAGUAAGGAGGCCACCCAAAGAAAACCCACAAGACAAAAACCAAGACAGAAAAGCACAAAAUUCACAUUUAAUUGUCCCUCAAGGGCGGUUGUGGUAGGGACAUGAAAAAGGUGGGGUCUCUUGUCCAGGAGACAAUGCAAAUAUACUUAACUCAUCUCUUGCAGGAAGGAUGAAGGACAGCCUCUCCUCGAGCAGCGCAACAGGAAUGCCAGCUGGAACAGGCACUGGAGGCAGUGCCACGCCCACGGCACCCACAACGCCCACAGCCGCAGGAGGAGGAGGAGGAGCGGGAACAGGAGCAGCAGCAGGAGCCACCACAGCAGCUGCAGCAGAUCCACAACAGACACCACAGCAGCAGCAGCAACAGCAACAGCAGCAGCAGCAACGUGGCAAGAGCAACAUCCAUGAGUUGCGCAACCAGGAUUAUGUGAGUCGUCUAAUGGCCGCCACUCCGCCAUAUCUUUACUCCGCUCCCGUGGGACCCAACAACUUCUUCUUCAGCGACAUGUUGCGCUCCCUGGUUCAGGCAAGAAACAAUGAGACAGCACGCGUGUUGCAGCUGCAACAGCAGCAGGCACAGCAGCAGCAGCAGCAGCAACAUCAGCAGCAGCAACAGCAGCAGCAGCAACACCAUCAAACCUCCUUGGUGAGGCGUCCCAGGAAGCGAUCCUGGUCACAUCGUCCCUACUACGAGCAGCUGCGCGAGCGACGUGAGGCAGAGGAGAAGCAACAGCAGCAGCAGCAACAGCAGCAACAGCAACAGCAGCAGCAACUGCAGCCGGAGAAGCCUCUAGAGCUGACCAACAAGGUGAUGGCCACCACUCCCAGUGCCGCCACACCCACUCCCUAUGGCUAUGCCAAGCUGGAGACGAAGCCCGCGUUGCCGCCGCCACCCAAAACCACAUCCUCUGGACUGGGAUUGGGCUUGGGACUUGGUGGUGCUGUGGACUCUGCCCUGCAGGAUAAUACACCACCGGCGGCUUCAUUGCCACCGCAGGAUUUGGUCCUGCCUCCACCGCCCCCCGUGUGGUAUCCACCCCUGUACGCACCCUAUGGCAUCGAUCCAUUGCAUUUCUUCAUCGAUCUGAGAGUCUCCGGGCAUAUCUACGAUCGCAAAAAGGAGAAUGUGUCCCCGCUGUCGGCCAGCAAUAAUGCCCUUGCCGAGGAGGGUUCAUCCUCGUGCUCAUCCUCCACAGCGGGGGCCACAUCCUCCUCCACCUUCUCGAGUGGGAAUCUCUUGAGCAAGCAGCGUCAUGGUUCCGCCUUUACUGUGCCCAUACCCAAGGCUGCUCAAAGUGAUGCCAUCAAUUUGUGUGCCAAUCCCAGUGGAGGAGGAGCAGGAGCUGCAGGAGGAGCAGGAGCAGGAGGAGCAGGUGACUCCUCACCCACCAGUGUCAGUGUGUUGGGCAGCAAAUUCGAACAUUAUGCCAAGUACUAUGAUCUUGGGGAGACCAAGGAGAAUCAACCGGCAACGGCUUCGAGUACGAUGGCCGCCAAUCAUCUCUCGGCAGCCGCCGCUGCAGCUGCUGCUGCUGCUAAUCUAUCCAAAUCCAGUGCCAGUUAUAUGCUCCAACAUCUGCCCCGACUUUAUAGUCAAUUUGCUGCCCAUCAUCAGGCUCAGCAGGUGCAACAGGAUACAGAGUCUGCCAAAUCCGAAUCGGUUUCGGCCUCGGCCAGUGGUGCUUCACUUUCGGUGCCGGAGCUCUGUGAUGAGGACUCCAUGGGCAGGGGAUCCAGUGACACGGCUGUGGGUCCUGGCGGUGCUGAUGGUGAGGGUGAUACUUCCGGCGGUGGUCAAGGAAACUGUGACAUCGAUGUGGAGAUCAUAGACUCCAUCAAGUAUCGAACGGAUGGCGAGAGUAGUCGGUAUUCCAGCAAUGAUGAGGCCUCCAUCACGCAAAUUGAUUGAGGAGGGAGAGAGCUA